GUUCAUACAUUCAAAUCAUUUUCAAAAAUCCCCAAGUUUUUCAAUCAAUCAAUCGAAUUAUAUCGUGCUGAAAUUGAGAUGACGGUAGCCGAGCAAGUUAAGAAGCCUACGGCGGCGAAGCCGAUCAAGGAGAAGAAAGCAACCAAGGCAGCGCCCAAGGCGAAGAAGGCCGUAGCUGCGAAAUCCUCCAAAACCGCCUCUCAUCCGCCUUAUUUCGAGAUGAUUAAGGAGGCGCUGUUGGCUUUGAACGAGAGGAGCGGUUCGAGCCCUUACGCGAUUGCGAAGUACAUGGAGGACACGCACAAAUCUGUUCUGCCGGCGAAUUUCAGGAAGAUUUUAGGGCUCCAACUCAAAAACUCUGCUGCGAAGGGGAAAUUAAACAAAAUCAAGGCCUCGUACAAGUUGUCCGACGCCGGAAAGAAGGCGGCGGCGACGAAGCCUGCUGUGAAGAAAGCCGCUGCACCUGCCGCUAAAAAAUCGAAGGCGGCUGCUGCUGUGGGAACUAAGAGGAAGGCGGAGGCGGUGAAGAAGGUGGCGGCGAAGAAGCCUGUGAAGAAGGCGGCGACUCCGGUGAAGGCGAAGCAGCCUAAGAGCAUAAAAUCGCCUGCUGCUAAGAGGGCGAGGAGGGCUGUUGCUGUGUGAAGGGAUUAAGGGUAGUUUGUGAAGUAGGUUUUGUAGAUAUUUGUUUGGAAUCAAAGAUAUGGAUGGUGUUUGGCAGUUUUAUGGUUUGUAUAUUUUUGUUUUGAAUGAAUGCUUCUUUCAUCUUCA